CCUGCCUGCCUGCCUGCCUGCCUGCCCGCCCGCCCGCUGUGACUACCAUCUGAUUUCCUUGCAAACAGAUCAUUGGUCUCCUUCCCUCUUGGAGACAAGGUACACACACAGGGCUCAGUGUUGAAUGCCAUACACAAGACAGGCUCCUUAGACAGACACCAAUCGUCCCCGCAGACAGUGGAGCAGCAGCAGUAGCGGUACGGACACUACCAUUACGAGUGGGCAUUAGUAACAGCAUAGACGCCGGAGUUCGGGUGCCUGUUUGCCCCUUACCUUCUAGCAGGAGUUGUAACGUAGUCGAUCAGGUAACCAGUUGGCGAGCUGUCUAACGAAAGCGUGUAUUUCGACUCAACGGUGGAGGUUUAAUAGGGAUAAUUGCUCAACAGUUGUAGCCUCUACGCCGGUAACUCUAUUCUGUCUAUUUCUGCGCAGUAGUUGCGCCCCUCUGGGUUCGACUCUACCCAGUAUCGUAAGGGCCGUCCUGUCAUCACAGUGUUAUAACUCAAGGUGGAAUUAGAGAUCUUCUUUCUUAGCUUCGCACAACUCCGCACGCUGGGAGUCUACUGCUACGAGCGCCAGACUGUGGAUUAUGCACUGUUAAAAGUUAAAGGGGACCUCCAAGUGACGACCGUUUCGUUGAAAAAGGAUCCAUCAAAAAGGUGGCCUCACGGAAAGCAUGUCUAUCGUUGUUUCUUAUAGAUCGAUGAUCAGUAGAGGACAGGUCUUUUUCGUGUAAACGAUCAGUUGGCUCCUUUGAGAGCAAACUAUUUUAAAAUAUCGUCAGUGUAUGAUUGUGCGGUGUUGCUGACUCUCGAUUCGUUGGUGGAACGGUUGGAAGAUCAUACAAAAUUCGGAAGAGUGCUUGUUACGUGAACGAAUCUACGGUUUCCUGCAAGUGAUAGAAUAAUUAUUGACGAGACGAUCGAUCAGAAAUAUAUGAUAUAGCCAAAAUGCACCAGGGCGAUCCGGGACAAAGUUACUGCAGGGAUGCGUGUUCAGAUCCUGUGGCAACCGGUGUUGUUGCGGCCGCGGGCAGCUGUCAUCAUCCAGAUGGAUCACAGGAUGAGGCCGGAAAACGAGUGGUCGAAACUCUUGGCUGGGCAGGUUACUUGGGUGGAUACUAUGGAGCGAUGGCGGCUACUGGCGUUGCGGGCCUCGUCAUGAGCUACCUCUGUUCGAAUUCAAGUCCAGUUAUUCCGCCCAUUUCGCAGGACAAUCAAUCCAGGGAGAUGGUUGGUCUUGGCGAAAAGGUGCGCACAUCGCGACUGCUGCCUCCUGGCAAGUUCAUGGAAUAUCUAUACGAGGACGCGCAGACGCUAUUCGAUGUGAUGUACCGCGGCGCGAGGGUGUCGAAUAAUGGCCGCUGCAUGGCCUGGCGUGAACCUGGGGCAAAGGAAUACUCCUAUAUUCAUUAUAACCAAGCCUUGGAGCGGAUUCGAAACUUCGCGUGCGGUCAGGCCACCCUCGGCUCAACGCCCGGACAAAAAACAUUCAUCGGUGUGUUUAUGCAGAACUGCGUCGAGGCCAUCGUCGCCGAACAGGCGUGCUACUACCUAUCACAGAUUGUCGUACCGCUUUACGACACGUUAGGUACGGCAGCCGUGACCUUCAUUAUCAACCAGGCGUCGAUCGAGGUGGUCGUUUGCGACACGCCCGAAAAAGUCCAACUUCUUCUCAAAGAAGGUAGCAAAUGCCCACAGAUGAAACGUGUUGUGCACACGAAAGAGGUCUCAGACUCGGUCCAUGAGCUUGCCAAAGAGAUCGGCGUUGAACUAAUCUCGUUCGGCGAAAUUGAACGAUUGGGCGAGAAGCACUUUCGUCAUCCGUUGCCACCAAAUCGCAAUGAAAUCGCCACAGUUUGCUACACAUCAGGCACAACCGGUAACCCGAAGGGUGUAAUGCUUUCCCACAAGAACAUCAUUGCCUGUCUGUCAUCGGUAAUGUUCCAGCUGGGAGAGGUAGCUCCAAUGAAAGAUGACGUAAUGAUUUCUUUCCUGCCAUUAGCGCACAUGCUGGAACGCUGCUGCGAGAUGGCUCUUUACAUGGUUGGAGGAUGUGUCGGUUUUUUUAGCGGAGACAUUCGAGGCCUUGUGGAUGAUAUGCGAGCCCUUCGUCCUACGAUUUCACCUACUGUACCUCGGCUACUGAACAGAGUCCAUGAUCGAGUGGAACAGGUCGCCCAGAACAGUGUAUGGAAACGUGCACUGCUCGCUCUGGCACUCAAAAGCAAGGAGUCUGAGAUCAAGAAGUUUGUGAUACGUCGAAAUUCCAUAUGGGAUAAGAUCGUAUUUAAAGCAGUUCAAGAAGGAUUUGGUGGACGGCUGCGUUUGAUGGUUGUAGGCUCCGCGCCUUUGGCCACGAACGUCAUCAAUCUUGUACGUUGCGCCCUAGGUGCCGUCAUCGUUGAGGGUUACGGUCAAACCGAGUGCACGGCGCCAUGCACAAUGACAUUCCCUGGUGACUAUGAAGCCGGCCACGUUGGUCCACCUAUUGCGGCCUGCGCCAUCAAAUUAGUUGAUGUUGCUGAAAUGGAAUACUAUGCCUGUAACGGCGAAGGCGAAAUCUGUGUUAAGGGACCAACCGUCUUCCAGGGGUACCUGAACGAUCAGGAAAAAACGGACGAAGUUCUCGAUACCAACGGUUGGCUUCACACAGGUGACAUCGGAAAGUGGAUGGAGAACGGGACCCUCAAGGUUAUCGAUCGUAAGAAGCACAUCUUCAAAUUGUCGCAGGGCGAGUACAUUGCGCCAGAGAAGCUAGAGAAUAUCUUCAUUCGGUCGCCGUUCGUGGCACAGAUUUUUGUACAUGGCGAGAGUCUUAAGUCUUGCUUAAUUGGCGUUGUCGUACCGGACGACCAGUACCUACUUUUGUGGGCUGCAGAGAACAGAAUUGCUGGUACGUUUGCUGAGCUGUGUGCCAAUCGCGUUGUGAAGAAAUCAAUCCUCGACGAUCUAUGCGUACUCGGCAAAAAGUCGGGGCUGAAAAGUUUUGAAUUGCUCAAAGAUAUUCUCUGUCAUCCCGAGAUGUUCAGCAUCGAUAAUGGCUUGCUAACGCCAACACUAAAGACGAAACGGCCCGAAUGCCGGAAGGCGUUCGCUGAACAGAUUCAAGAGAUGUAUCGUUUACUACAGUAAAUUGUCUCGUGUGAGGUAGUUU